AUGCAUCCUUUCACAGCAUACGCCGUUGGCGUUGCCGUCAUUGGCUUCCUCGUUUACGCCCUUGUCGAUGUUAUCUCAAAGUACAACGCCAAACACAACUGUCGUGGACUCCCGGGCCCAGCACUGAUACCAUGGGUGGGACGCAUUCACGAUCUGCCCAUUGACUUCAUGUGGCUCAAGUUUAAGGAAUGGGCCGACAUAUAUGGACCGAUCUAUCGGACCAAGAUGUUGGGUGCAAACUUCGUGAUCAUCACGGAUGAGAGCAUCGCCGAAGAGAUCCUGAUCAAGCGUGCGAAGGUCUACUCUGAUCGACCAGAGAUCAAGUCUUUGUUUGACGCCAAGAGUACCUAUGGAUCCAUGGAGUACCUGCCUUUGAUGGGCAAAAAUCAAUAUUGGGCUCGUCAGCGCAAGCUUACUCACUCUUAUCUUACCGAAUCGACAAACGCUAGAUACUAUGGUAUCAUGGAGUUUGAACAGAAGAGAUGGUUGCAGCGACUCGUAGAGAAUCCAGACGAUUUCUGCUUCUCGCUUGAGGACAUGUGUUCGAAGGUCAUGGCCACGUUGACCUGGGACGAUCAUUCGAUCAGUACACCGUUGACACCAAGUGCCUGGGGUCUUCUUACUCAGAUGUCACCAGCCGGCCCUAUCACCAACGUCUUGACGCCUCUCUGGGACUGGGUGCCGGAGCCCAUCAACCCAUGGAAGCUUCGUGAGCGCAAGCGCCAUGACGAGCAGCAGGAGUUCUUCAUGAAGAACCUGAAUAACACCCGGGCCAAGAUGGAGAAGGGCAAGCAGCAACCAUGCUAUACCAAGACAUAUCUGGAGACCGCUGAGAAGAGCAACAUCUCCGGAGAUUAUGAGGCCUCAUGUGUGCUUGGUAUGAUGGCUCUCGUCGGUAUCUUCACGGUCACUGGUCCUAUCUACUACUUCCUAGUCGCCAUGGUCCACCACCCUGAGUGGCAGCGCAAGUGCCAGGACGAAAUUGACUCCGUUUGCAAGAACGGUCCUCCUACGGUCGAUGACAUGCCGAAUCUUCCCAUCCUGCGCGCGUGUAUCAAGGAAACGAUGCGAUGGAAGCCUACGGUACCAACUGGUGUCGCCCACGAAUGCGAAGCUGAUGACUGGUACGGCGGGUACUUCAUCCCCAAGGGUACACGCAUCUUGCCGCUCGACUACGCCUUCCUCCGUAAUCCCGUCAAAUACCCUGACCCAGAGUCCUACCGACCUGAGAGAUGGCUCGAGUCCGGAUGGCCCACGUUUCAGGGACCGCUCACCAAGUUUCCCACGAUCACCGGUAUGUCGUCGUUCGGUUGGGGACAACGUCAAUGUCUUGGCAUGUCAAUUACCCGUGAUGAGACCAUUACCGGCUGCGGUGGUCUGUUGUGGGCUUUCAACUUGAAGAGGAAGGUCGACCCGAUAACCAAGAGCGAGAUUGAAGUGCCCCUGGAUAAGUCGAACUCACUUCUAAUCAUCAAGCCUGACCCUUUUGAGAUGGCUUUCGAGCCAAGGAGUGAAUCAAGGAAGGCUGAGAUUGCUCAACAGUGGAAGGAUGCUGAGGCCAUAGAUGCGGCAGAGCGAGCGGCGUUCUUGAGAGCCGCAGAGGCGAAGGAGGUGCUGGUUUGA